AUUUUGUAGCGCACUGAAAUCGCUCGCGUUUAUGUUCAGUCAGUGCUAGAGUGAAUGGAAUUGAAAAUGCAUUAAAUUUCAAAGUGUUCUGCUCUGGUUCGAGUGUUUAUUGUUUACAAUUAUUCCUGCAUGCAGUUUCAUAACUCAUAAUACGGGAAAUUGGCUGCAAAAAUUGCUUUGAUGUGCACUUGUAGCCGUGUUACAUGAAAAGUGUUAUAAAUCAGAGUAAAAAUUUUAGAGUCAGAGUCAGAGUCGGCCGGUACGUUGAUUGGUUUGGUUCGUUGCGUUUUCGGAAUAUGGUUUGAUGAUUAUUGAAUUGAAUUGGAUUGAAUUGUGAAUUGACUUGUGGCUGGGAUUGACUUGGCAGUUGAUCAAAACGGAUCGCAGUGGAUAAUACAUUCUAAAAUACAUACAUACAUACAAAUAUUUUUUGAAGAAGCAUAGAAAUGGACAGACAAACAGUAUAAAAAGUUGAAAAGUGUGUGAGCCAUAUUAGAAGAAGAAUGUGCCAAUUUGUGUGUAAAAGUGUCUAAAUAACGUGCGAAAAUACAACAAAAACACAAACGACAUUUAUUUGAAAUAUUUCUGCAUGUACCGUUAUGUGUGCGUGUAUGCAAAUUUGUUUGGUGUAAAUCACCUAAAGUGUAAUUGAACAAUUUUUGAGAGCUUAUCAAACGCGCAACGCACGACGCAACAACAUACAAACAUACAUACAAAAACACAGGCGAACACACGAACUUGUCCGGCAUUCACGCGCCGCCCAACCACCCACCAGCCAGUUAGCCAGUUUGAUAAACGAAGAUUUGUGACGUCGUCGGUUCGUUGGCGUGAUUCGUGUACACGCACACACGCACAAUAAAGCGCGCUCACGCAAGACGCUCUCACAUACACACGCACACACACGCAAGUGAACUGAAGUUUCUUCGCUUUGCGGCGAGAGCAAAAUCACUCGCUUUUAUUGCGAAUUCUCACAGCCUCUUUGAGUGAGUUCGUUGAGUCGUCGUCGUCGUCGUUGUUGACUCUUUGCAAUUAGAAGAAGCGUCAAGUAGACACGAAGAUAGUGUGGCCACAAGCAGCAGCAGCAGCAACCCACUCACAGUGUGUGGAUAACAAUUUGCAACAGUGCAACAGUUUUUGACGAAGUUGCAUCUCCAGUUGCAGCUGCCAUUGGCGUAAGUACUCCGCUCGUUCUCGCUGCGGCAGUUUGUUCGUUUGUGCGUGUGUGUUUUGUUUUGUUUUGUUGCCUUCGCAACGUACGUAGCCGGUGGGGCGCAACGUGUGUGUAAACUGGCGCAAAUGCCGCUGCGUUCGUCGCCGCUGCCUGCCGCAAAAUGGAAACGAGCAAUGUGCAACUCUGCCGCAUCUGCAUCUCGACGACGAAUGUGGGCUGCACGCAAAUGAUUUCGAUAUUUGGCGAAGAUUCACUGUGGCAGAAAAUCACCACAUUGGCCGAUGUUAAGAUCGAAAAAGGCGAUACCCUGCCGCAACAGGUGUGUGUGACAUGUGCCAAAAAUGCUAUAUCCGCGUGUCUCUUCAAGAAGAAGUGCGAAGAUGCUGACAAUUUCUUUCGCCAACAAUUACUCAUACAGAAGUUCGAGAGUCGCACGUCGGCCGGCAGCAAUGCCUCGUCCGCGCAACCGGAAGUCGACUCCACCGAUCAGGUGCCCGAAGUGGCCGCCAUGGAGAGCUACGGCGGCAGCGACGGUGAGGGCGCACACGAACAAACGCAUAUCAGCGCCAGUGCGCACUCGAAUGGCGGCAUGAUUGAGGAAGACGACGGUGAAAUAAAGUUUCCGUACGGCAAACAACCGUUCGACUUUCAUUCCAUACGACUAAUGCACGAGUACAUGCAACAGCAGCUGAGUAAGAUUAACGGUACGCAAAAGAGCGCCGGCGCUGGUAAUAGUGGCGCGAACUCAGACGUCGGCGCGGACGAUGAUGAUGAGGAGGAUCCACUACCGCUUAUGCCCGAAGUGGAACUCUUAACACCCAACGAUGACGUAGCGGCUGUCGGUGGCACUAACCACAACAGCAACAUACCUGCUUACGGUGGCGUCGAACAGACGACGUUGCGCGGCUAUCAGUGUCCGGAUUGCUUUCAGAUAUUCGAAAUGAAACAGAUACUCAAGGCGCACAUGCAGAGCGUACACGGCACACAAGGGCCCGUUUAUGAGUGCACGAAUUGCAAGAAGACAUAUUUCUACAAGCGUUUCCUCGAGAAGCAUGUGCGACGCGGACGUUGCGUCAAGAAGCGACGCAAUCAAACGCGUCCGAUGCAGUGCUCCGAUUGCCAUGUGUUAUUCCCCACCGGACAUCAUUUGGGCUGGCACAAACGCACAGGUUGUCCGUCGCGGGCGGCGAAAAUGCCUUUGCAGCAGCUGCUCAAACAGAACAUCGUGGAGUACAACAACUUUCCGAAGCGCGUUGGCAUACGUAAACCCGAGAAUGCGCUCUAUCUGCAUAACAGAAAACUUCACAUGGCCACCAAUAAGCGCAAAGGACGCACUCGCAUCAAAUUGGAUUCGAAGAAGAUUGCGCUCGCGAAACAGCUCAUACUACGCGAAGCCACCACUACCGUUAUAGCCAACGAAUUGAAUAUUUCGCGCACCUUCGCCUGGCGUCUGCGCAAGAGUCUUGUGAACGGCGUGAGCUUACAUGAACGUGUCGUCGACACCAAUGGCGAGGAGUGCGACGAAACGGCAGUUCAGCCGAUGGUUGCCGACAGCACUGAGCAGCUACCGCGUUUAUAUCCCGUCGCACAACCGUUAGAACAGUACGCGCAAAUGCAACGCAUGGUGAAGCAGGAGAAGUCAGAAAGCGAUGACGAGUCCGAGGAGGGGGAAGGUGGCGGCGAGGUGGAUUGCAAUCGUGAAAACGAAGCAGCAGCUGAAGCCGAGCAGGUGGGAAGUAAUGAAGCACAUGCUAGAACGUUGGAAGUGCCGCGCGAGCAGUUGCAACACGAGCAGUAUGCAACAGCAGCCGAUCAGCAACAGUUGCAGACCGUUGAGGAGUCGGCUUUGGCUGCUAAACUAAUGGAACAAAAGCUGUUGCAGCUACAGCAGCAACAGCAGCAGCAACAUGUUAACAAUGCGAGCAAAUCAGACAGCGAUAAAGACAACGAUGACGAUUCUGAUAGUGAUUCCGAUGAUUCGGAUGAUGACGACGACGACGAUGAUGAUGACGAUGAUGAUGAUGAUGACGACGAGGAGGAAGAAGACAACAAAAAUGGCGCCGUCGAAAAUGGGAAUGACGAUGAAGAGACUGAUAAUUCUGUAGAAAAAAGUGAUGACGCUCAAAGUACGCAACAAAAUCAAGCACAAAAAUUACAAAUACAACAACAUGAACUAGAACAAAACUAUCAGUUGGAGCAGCAUAUUCAAAAUCCACAACAAAAACAAAUACAAACAAAUGCAACUCUACCACAACCGUUAAUAGCAGGUGCUGUUGCAAAGGGCCUUAUAACACCAAAGGACAUAAAUGGGCUCCGUCAACAGUUGUCGUUGCAUGGAAAAGAAAGCAUUACCCAGUCAGUGAUCAAUCAGUUUCCGUCCGCCACUGUUCACCAACUCCCAGUGAAUCUAUCAAUACGGACACCGCAAGGUGCACAAAACAACGAAGCAACAAGCAAGGAGACUCCAACGCCUGCCACACCAGGUCAGACAAAGAAACCGCGUAAGCCGAAUGUUUUCAUCGAUGACGAGAAAUAUGCGAUGGCUAAGACGCUGGUCGCACAGAAUGCAUCCACCAUGGAAAUAGCACGCGCCCUGAAUGUCUCACAAAUGACCGCUUGGAAGGUGCGAGAUGCAAUUGUCAAAGGUUUACCGUUGUCAUAUCGCAACAAGCGAGACGGACGUUGCGCCUCAAAUGGCUCGAGUGUUUGUGGUGAAGCGGCGGCCGGUGGUGCAGUUGCGGAGAGUGUUGUUGAGUCACAGAUGGCACAUCAGCUGCUAUUGCAACAGCAGCUGCAACAGGAGCAGUACCGACAGGAACAGCUACAGCUGCAACAGCAACACCAACAACAACAGCAGCAAAAGCGUUUCCAGCAACAACAACAAGAGCGCUUGCGUUUACUGCAACGGCAGCAGCAAUUGAAAGCACAACAACAAUUGCAAAAGCAACAGCUACAACAGCAGCAACAACAGCAACUGCAGGAACAACAACAGCUAGCGCUACAACAACAACAACAAUUACUUGAGGGUACACAUUACGCCACAUCACAAGCAUCCACGUCGCCACCACAAUACGAGCAGCCGGCCACUAGCACCACCGCCCCGGCCAACGGCCCAGUGAAAUUCGUACAUCCACGUCGUCGCCUCAAGGCAGCCGAGCGUGAGCAACGCGACAAGGAGAUCACACGUGAGAUACUCGAACUCAUACGCGAAGACAGCAACAUACAGUAUUGGAAGGUGUCUGCACGCCUGGCCGAGAAAGGCUUCCCCAUUUCGCCAUCUUCGGUGUGUCAGAAACUCAAAUCGAUGGGCAUACAUCGACGUUGGAAGCCUGGCGAUAAGCCACCCAUGAUGGUGGAUAUGGAUCAGUUGAAAGCGGCGAGUGCCAUAGGUGCCGGUAAUUUGGUGCCACCAGCAAAUACGGCCGAUGAGGGUUAUGACCAGCAAUUCGAUAUGGGUGGCGCACACUUUCUUAGUGCCUUUACGCGAUGAACGCAGCAGCAGUGCAGGGUGACUGGUGUGACAAGUAAGCUCAUAUAUAGUAUAUCAAACUGAGAUCAAAGUUAAGAGAACAAAUUAUGCGCAUUAUAUAAUAUAUACUGUUGCAGGCAUACAUACAUACAUAUAUACAAAAACAGUAUCCUUACGUGUUAAUCACAUAUAAUAAGACAGUAAUUAAAAUCAAUGAGUAUAUAAAGAAGUAUAUGGAAAUGAAAUCACAUGCGUGCAAAAAGUGUUCAAGUUCUGAUCAAUGUUAUGCAAAAUGGCACAUUAUAGUUAAUAACAAAAGUAUUGUAAGCCUAAUAUUUUAAGUUGAAGGUAUAACAAUGUCUAUGCAGAAGUAGAGAUACACAGUAUUUGCAGGGAUGUUAGUUAAAAUUACAAACUAAUUUUAUUUUUAAGUAUUGCCCUGUAUUAUGAAAAAAAAACUUCUGCUGUUGGACCAACCAUUCCAGUUAAUUUUUUUGCUUUACACAUUUGGUAUACACAUAUCCACAUUUAAUUAUUAAUUAAACAAGUAAUAUACUUGAAAAAAAAUUCUUUGAAUGUCAUUAAAUGGCGAAAAAAGCAGCUUCCAUUUUUAUAUACACAUACAUACAUAAUAUAGCAUUUAGUACGCACAAAAUAUUUACUUUCUCGCCGCACAUAAGCAGCUACAUACAUACAUACAUACAUAUGUAUUUAUUUUAUGUUUAAAACUAAAGUCUACAUUAAUUAAAUGAAAUUGUAAGGAGGCAUGUGAAAGAAUAGCUUGAACAAAAUAUUAAGACAUUAGAAGACUCUAGCACGUAACAGCUAUUUAUAGAUACACAUACAUAUAUAUUUUGCUAUUUGUAUAAGUUUAGAAAGCUAUGAUUUUGAAGUCUAUUAAAUUUUAGUUUAAGUGGAAUGCUUUUUUUUGUAGAAUUUUUCAUAUUUUCGUUGCGAGAAGUCUGCAUUCAGAAGAAACAAGCAAAGCAAAGGGGUCAGUUUGUUGAGCUGAUAAAAUGAAAUUAAUUUUAUUAAAAUUGGCAGCAUUUGCAGAAAAUAAUUUAUUUUUAAUUGCAAAGUCUAAAAUUUUUUUUUUUUUAAUUUGAAAUUUCGUAUAUGGCAUAUAAAAUGAUAUAAGACUACAAAAACUUCGAUUGCAUUCGUGAACUUUAAUUUUCAAAUUUCAUAUUCAUUAAUUUUCAAUUUUUUUUUUAAUUUUCUAAUAACAUGCAAAGCCGCAAGACAGCUGCGCUGCCUGUAGUUACAUCUUCCCAGUAUUUUUGAAAUCAUUAGUUUUUGUAAACGCACUGAAAUAUAUUCCAAAUAAGUUCCUUUAUAUUUUUUAUUAACUUCAACUGUGCAAUAGAUAUGUGCAGACAUCCGUCCGAGUUUUUCUUUCGACACUUAGGAGAAAUAGAAAUCAAAAAAUAUCAACAGUUUUUCAUAGAAAGCAAAGAAAAUUGCAAAUUCGAGGCUAAAACAAGCAACAUUCAACAUAUUGGCUGCUAGAGACAGAACAAAAUGUAUACGGUAUUAUAUUUUAAAACAAUAAUUUAGCUGAACUCAUUAAUAAAAGUAAAUUGUUAACUUGAAAAAAAAAUAUUAUAAAAUAUAUCAAAAGUAUGUUACAAAAUACAUACAUACAUACACACAAUAGAUAGUAGCAAGUAGCCACAAAAUACAAACAGUAAUUAUGCAACGUUAAACAGUGAGAAAUAUGUAAGCCUUAAAGUGCAAUUAAUGGUGGACACACACACACUGGAGAGAAUAUGUAUGUAUAUAUAUAUAUAUAUAAUAUGAAUUACAUGCACAUGUCCAACUUGUUGUGUCAAACAAAUCGUUGAGAAAUAUCGUAAAUGUUGCAGCAACAUUGUAAGCUUCUAGCACAUACACAUAUAAUAAAUAAUUGUAUUUGAAAAACAAACAAUUUGUUUAGUGAAAGUAUUAGUUAUAAAACAUACACAGCAUAAUAUGUAUUAAACCGAACAAGAGUAUAAAGGCUUAUAUUUAGUGUUAAGCAUUAAUUGUUAUAAAAACUAUAUGUAUUAUCAAAAAAAUAUAUAUACAUAUGUGCUGAGAAAUACUGAACUUACAUAAUCGUAUGUAUGUAACGAAGAAGCGUUGAAAUUAUGCAAAAUGCUAACUUGUAUGAAAUUAUUUAUUAAUAUAAAAGAACAUAACCUAUAUAAAUGCAUGUUUGUAUGAAAAUUAAUAUAAAUUUAUUAAUUUUGCGAUAAUUGCAGCCAUUUACUAGAAACAAUGCACAUUUGUCUCGAUCGGCUUUAGGAGUACAUAUUUAUUUUUUUAUUCUUUAAUAUUUUUUUAUUUAAUUUAAAGAAUGGAACUAUUUUAAUUUUUAAUAUUUUUUUUUAUUUGAAAAAUGGAACUAUUUUAAUUUUUAAUAUUUUUUUAAUUUAAAAAAUUUAACUUUUUUAAUUUUUGUUUAUUUCAGACAGCAUAUAAAUAAAAAAUAUGAUUUUAUUUUUUUUUUAUAAGUUUUACCAGAAACAUUAAUUGUUUGAAUCGACCAGCUUUAUCAUUAUUUAUUUUAUUUUUAUUAUUUUUUGUAUUUAAAAAUUAAACUAUUUUAAUUUUCGUUUAUUUCACACAGCAUUUAAAUAAAAAAAUACAUAUUUUUUUAGUUUAAUUUUGUUUUUAUUUUGUAAUUUUUAAUUAUUAAUAAAGUUGUUUAUUUAUAUUUUCUCCUACACUCUUCUAAAUGCGUUCAUGAUUUCCCUUAAAUUUUUUUAUUUAUUAUUUAUUUUUAAUUACUUUUUACAUAAAUAAACACGUUUGAAUUUUCUGUUUGUUGUAAAAGCAACUUUUAAAUAAUCAAUAAUUGAUAAAAAAUCAUUUAAAAGCUGUCCGCUCGCCAGGCAAAUGCACUCGAACAAUUGCUGAUUAAUUUUUAUUUAGUUUAUUAAUAAACAUAAGCACUGAUAUUUAUUUUUUUGAGGUUAGUUAUAGCUGUAAUUACGUAGUUAUUUGCGCAUACUUCAUUUUUAACAAACAACAAGGUGUAAAACAUAUAAACAUAUAUACAUAUAGUAUAAUGCUAAAUACAUGAUUACAUACAAGCAUAUAGUUUUAUAAGCCAAGCAAAUGCAUUGAAAGCAUUACAAAUGUAUUACACAUAAAAAAUAAAUAAAUCCAUACACACGUA